AUGGAUCCUAAUAUGAUAAGGGAUGUUUUGUUCAAGUACAACAUCUUUCAGAAGUCAUUGUCAAGUCCAUUGACCAGCUUGCUAGUGUCUGGGACUGCUUUCCAUGAGGGUCAAAAAUGGGCCAAAUCUAGAAAGAUUAUCAACCCAGCUUUCACUUUGGAGAAGCUCAAGAAUUCAUUGUCAAGUCCAUUGAUCAUCUUGCUAGUGUCUAGGACUGUUUCCCAUGAGGGUCAAAAAUGGACCAAAUAUAAAAAGAUUAUCACCCCAGCUUUCACUUUGGAGAAGCUCAAGCAUAUGUUACCUACAAUGUAUAUGAACUGCAACGAGAUUAUUAGCGAGUGGGAUGUGUUGGUGCCCAUAAAAGGAUCAUGCGAGAUUGAUGUGUGGCCUUAUCUUGGAAAUUUAACUGGUGACGUGAUUUCCCGGACGGCAUUUGGUAGUAGCUAUGAAGAAGGAAGAAGGAUAUUCCAGCUCCAGAAAGAACAAGCUCAACUGACAUCCCAACAGCUGCAGUCAAACUACAUCCCAGGAUGGAGACAGAAAGCAAUGAAAGUAGAAGACGACAAGAAUGGUGACUUACUAGGUAUGCUGUUGGAAUCCAAUUUGAAAGAAAUUGAAGAACAGGGGAACAAGAGGGGCAUUGGAAUCACCGUUGAAGAUAAGAUUGAGGAAUGGAAGUUGUUCUACUUUGCUAGACAAGAGACCACCACAACUUUGCUAGUGUGGACAAUGGUUAUGUUGGGCAAGCAUCAAGACUGGCAGGCACAUGCGAGAGAAGAGGCUUUGCAAGCUUUUUUGAAGAAUAAACCAGACUUAGAUAGAUUGAACUGCUAG